UGUCCUUUUCUUUAGCUAGUUGUUGCGUUCAAUCAAUACAUCAAAUCGUCAUGUCGCCUACGAUCAUGUUCUCUGCUGCUCAUUUAACCGGUUUCCUCGUGCUGGUCAUCACCUCCGCGGGUGCUGUUCCUAUAUGGGGUCAAUGUGGCGGUAUGGGUUAUUCAGGCUCGACUCAGUGCGACUCUGGGCUGAGCUGCGUCAAGCUUAACGACUGGUAUUCGCAAUGCCAAACCUCGACUACUACUAUUGCGGCACCCCCACCCCCUCCUGUAACAACUACUGCCGCGCCUCCCCCUCCUCCGGCCACAACUGCUAGUAGCACUAAUACUGCUACUGCGACGAACCCCGCUGCAACGAUACCAAUUCCGACAGGUGCUCUAACAAGAAUCACAGACUUCGGCACCAACCCUACGAACAUUGGAAUGUACGCCUAUAAACCAUCAAACGUUAAGGUAAGCCCAGGUCUUCUGGUUGCUUUGCAUUAUUGCGGCGGCACUGCGCAGGCCUAUUUCAGCGGCACUCAGUGGAGGACACUUGCCGACCAACGUGGCUACGUUUUGCUUUACGGGCAGGCACCGAGCAAUGGGAACUGCUGGGACGUUACCUCGGCUGCCACGCUCACGCAUGAUGCCGGCGGCGAUUCGCUGGGUAUUGCAUCGGCCGUCCGAUACGCCAUCGCCAACUGGGGGGUGGACCCGAGAAGGUCUUCGUCGUUGGCACGUCGUCCGGGUGGUGCAAUAUUCGCCGGCGUAGCCCUCGGCUGCCUUAUCAGCAGCGCCCCGAGCUUCCCACCGGAUCCGUGCGCCAACGGCCAGAAGAUCCAAACUGCUCAACAAUGGGGCGACCGUGCGCGCCAGGCGUAUCCCGGUUAUACAGGACCGUACCCUAGACUUCAAGUUUGGCAUGGCACCGCUGACAAUGUUGUCAACUACGCCAACUUCCAAGAGGAGCUUAAACAGUGGACGAACGUACACGGGGUCUCCCAAACGCCAUCCGCGACGUACAACAACACCCCGAGACAGAGUUGGACGAAGACCGUGUAUGGAACCGGCCAGGUUGAGGGAUAUUCUGGUCAGGGAGCUGGCCAUCUCCUCCCUGACAGUGGUACGGAGGUGACCGCCAUCGACUUUUUCGGCCUGUAAU